AUGGACACAGACACACACACACUCCGCCGCCCCCCCCCCACCCCCCACCUUAGGGCCGGGAAUGGGUGGCCCAGACUGAGACAGUUAUUGGCCCCAGAGGGGAUUGCAGGGUCAUUUCCACUUUCAGGUGGGUGGUGUCCUCCUUUCCACAUGAAGUUAACCUACCCAAUAAUGGGGAGAGAAGGACUGCCAUUCCAAAUGUGCUCCAUGCAGUCUGGGCUAAGGGUCAGAGUGAUGCCUCAUUUCCCCUUUGUGUGGGAGGUGGGCCAGGUGGUUACACAGGCCUUACCUAUUCAGGUUUUGCCCACCUGGGAGGUGCCACAGCACCCAGACAGCACACCCACUCAGCUCUCCCCACUCCCUCUGAGUUAUGUUUCUUGA